UUCAACAACGCGGAAGUGUCAAGAUGGCUCCGAGUGGACUUAAAGCACUUGUAGGAGAGAAGAUCCUUAACGGAGUUAUCAAGAGCAUUAAGAAAGAUGGAGAGUGGAAGGUGCUCAUCGUGGAUCACCUGAGCAUGCGGAUUCUGUCGUCAUGCUGUAAAAUGUCUGACAUCAUGGCAGAAGGUGUCACAAUUGUGGAGGACAUCAACAAACGCCGGGAGCCCAUCUCUAGCCUGGAGGCCAUUUAUUUCAUCGCUCCUGUGCCAAAGGUAAGAGCGUUGAAUGUGUGGAAACAUCUACAGUCAGUUCGGGCUCUGAUCGGUGACUUCAAAGAGACAGCCUUCACAUACAAGGCAGCUCACGUCUUCUUUACAGACACUUGUCCUGAUGGUCUUUUUGCCGAGAUUGGAAGAUCAAGGGUUGCCCGGGUUGUCAAGACCCUGAAGGAAAUUAACGUGGCUUUCCUACCAUAUGAGUCACAGGUGUUUUCUUUGGAUGACCCCAGCUCUCUUUAUGCCCUGUACAGUCCUAAACAGACCAACCUAGAGGAUAAGAACAGAUUAAUGGAAGCUAUGGCCGAGCAGAUAGCCACCCUCUGUGACACGCUGAAGGAGUAUCCUGCUAUCCGUUACCGCCAAGGCUCGACGGAGACUCUUGCACUGGCUGAGAUGGUUCUGGAUCGUCUGAACGCUCAUAAAGCUGACAACCCCAGUAUGGGGGAGGGCACAGAUAAAGCACGCUCUCAGCUGCUGAUUGUGGACCGUGGUUAUGACCCCAUUUCCCCCAUCUUGCAUGAGCUCACCUUUCAGGCCAUGGCUUACGACCUGUUGGAUAUCGAACAGGACAUCUACAGGUAUCAGUCAACGGGCAUUGGAAACGCCAAAGAGAAGGAGGUGUUGCUGGAUGAGGACGAUGAGCUCUGGGUUCAGCUGAGACACAUGCACAUUGCUGACGUUAGCAAGAAAGUGACAGAACUGCUGCGCAGAUUUUGCGAGAGCAAGAGGAUGACUACGGACAAGGCCAAUAUAAAGGACCUCUCUCAAAUGCUGAAGAAGAUGCCCCAGUACCAGAAGGAGCUUAGUAUGUACUCCACUCAUCUGCACCUGGCUGAUGCCUGCAUGAAGAAAUACAGAGAAUCACUCGACAAGCUUUGUGAAGUUGAGCAGGAUUUGGCUAUGGGGACAGAUGCAGAGGGAGAACCCCUGAAAGAUCCAAUGAAAAGCAUUGUUCCUGUCCUCCUCAACGCCGAUAUUCAGCCCUACGACAAAAUCCGCAUCAUCCUACUCUACAUUUUCCACAAGAAGAAGGGUAUCGGUGAGGAGAACCUGACCAAACUCAUCCAGCAUGCCAACGUACAGCAGGACAGCAACAUCAUUACCAACAUGCAACACUUGGGCUGCCCUAUCAUUGCAGGGGGCCCAAAUUCCGGUAAAGGUUUUCCGGAAAGGAAGGAGCGCACAGAGACGACGUAUCACACCUCCCGGUGGACGCCCAUCCUCAAAGACGUGAUGGAGUACGCUAUUGAAGACAAGCUAGACAGGAAACAGUGGCCUUUCCUCUCAGAUCCAGCACCCAUCACCACCACAACAACAGCUGUCAGUGCAAGGUUUGGACACUGGCACAAAAACAAGACUGCCACUGAGUACCGCAGUGGACCACGACUGAUCAUCUUUGUGAUUGGUGGAGUGGCACACUCUGAAAUGCGCUCGGCCUAUGAGGUGACCCGUGCCACUGACGCCAAAUGGGAGGUCCUGAUUGGUUCAUCUCACAUCCUCACGCCAACAAGCUUCCUGAAUGAUCUGAAAAAUCUGGACCAGUCUGACCAGUCUUCUUGAGCAAGCCUCCCAGUGCCUGCCUGGAAGACAGCCUAGAAGAUGAAAAACUAUGGCGAAGUCACAGUGUAACAGUUCUGACCUCUGUCCAUAGCAAGAGUGAUCCACAGUUGUCUUUCCUUGAGUAAAUGAGCACGUUUCACAAUUUUAGAUCAAACUGGAAGAGGUGAACUCACUGAUUAUCAGCUGUCCUUAAAGAUAUAUUUUUCCUUCAUUUUAAAUUGCCGAACUUAAACUUAUGGUGUACAUAUUCAUCCCGUGGUCUUGAAAGAUAUUUAAUUUAAAUGACAUAAAUGAAGAUAAGUCUGUGUGCCUUACAAUUGCCUUUCAAAUAAAUGACGAUAUUUGCUGCUUCUUUAUAUGGAUGUCUUCUCUGCCUGCUGCCAGUGUUCUAGAAACCACUGUGUACUGUAUGUGACACAAAUUAAAAUGGUAUCUAAGAUUCCCACGAAGAAUGUAAUUCUCACUGUUACACUUUACUGUUGUUUAUUUUUCCUCUUUUUUAUAUACACUCAGCUCACUGUAUAUUGCUUAGUCUGCACAGGCAAGACUUUCGUGUAUUUAAAGGAAGAGGGAAUCCACACAGUAGCCCAGAUAUAUUUGCUUGUACUCCAUCGAUGAGCUGAUCAUGUCUGUGAAUGAACCUUUGAAAUGUUUUCUUUUUUUUGUCUCCUCGUAUAUAAAAAUUGGUGUUGUUUUUUUUUUCCACUAGAUAGACUUGAUCUCAAUCAAAAUUGGUCAUUAUCCAGAAUUCUGCACUUCUUAGUAUGUUACUUCAUUUGUAGAUUUGGGUGAACCUUAUCUGUUUGGGUCUUAUUUUUGUUUGUAUUUUGUCUCUUUGUUCAAUCUUACAAAUAAACUAAAUG